AUGAUCAAAGCUACCUUCUACAGCCGAUUCGACACUCAGUCAGGCAUGCAACCCCCGCAACACCUCAAUCAUCAUCACCAUCAACAACCCACCACCCUUGUCGUUCACCAAGUUCCCGAUGGAGCUAUCGUCCCAUCUCCUACCGCACCGCCAGGAACUUCUCCCCUCUUCAGCUUCUCAGACGUCUCGUUCUUCGUAAUCCCACGACAAGAGCUAUGCGGGAACCUCAUCCACGUCUGCACCGGCGGACACAGAAUCCUCGGAUCCCCCGUCUGCAUGAAGUCGCCUCGCUACGAUCGGAAUGAAUUCAUAUUUAAUUUCUGCAUCGUGUUGAACGAAGAGGACGAGUGGGGGACGUAUAAGAGUCUGGUGCAGAAGUUGGCACAUCUGAUGUGCGGGCUGGAAGAGCAGUCAGGCUUCUUGUCGAAGGAUACCUCCAAGGACGGGGAAGGGAAGAUAUACAGCCUGUGUGAAACGCUGAUGGAGGAUUUGAAUAACUUUUAUGAGUGCAUGAUUCCAAUUGAUGAAUUGAAUACCCUUAAUGUCAAGUUGUUCCCGCUAUACCCUUCCCCGCCUAUCGUCAAAGCAUGGCAUGUUCCUCUUUUCACUGUUCGAUGUGAGACCUUCAUGGAUGAGAACUGGGAUCUGACUAUGAGAAGGAUCGUUCCAUAUAUAAAUGGAAUCAACAGCGUUCGAAAGAUCUCCAUUCUGUCCGAUGCGGAUUUCACUCUCACUUGCCGCGCAAUACGCCAUCUAAUAUAUUACGGAUGUGCAUUUCUUCUGGAUAUCUUCUCUUUCUCAGCCAUAUACGCCCCAACUGCGGAGUUCAGUUCGACCAUCGUCACAGACAAAAAGAUGCAGUGCGAAUGUGCUCGAUAUGUCAACAUACGCUUUUCGCCCGUCAGUGAACCCUCACCUGUGACUAGAUCUACUGCUGCUCUAGGCGGAUCGUCAUCUACUUCCAAUCUCCAGAGGGCGUCUAUAUCUCAUUCUGGCCAUGGGAUACAUGUUACCAAUGACGAUCCGUGGGUGGAACAUGAUAGCAUCUGGCCAAAGAUCGAUACUUCCAUUCCAUCUGCGUCCGGCAAGGGCUCAGGCAAAUUCGGCUCGAGGACAAUUGUCGAUGGAGUCGGCCUUAUCGAGUUAUAUUCGAGCCUGAGACAGGGUCAGACCGUCAAACAAUGGUAUCUAAAGCAUAUGCGCGAACUUGCAAAUAUUGAUGUACGCCGCUUCAUCACCUUUGGCGUUAUCAAGGGCUUUUUGUACCGAGUACAUAAGUAUCCCUUUGCAACCGGGAGAGUCAUACAGAGCCACCACCAACGAAGGCAGUCAAACCACUUCCCGUCAACUUCUCCUCUUGCGGGAUAUUCACUUGGGGCAGCAACUGCAACUGACCGAGAUACCCACCCGUUCACCCGUGAUCGCCUAAGUUCUACAGCCAGCGGUGUUGACCCUCUGUCAACGAAUAAAUCCCUGUCGAAAAAUACAUCUGCCCUCUCUCCUCGGAGCCGAGCACGUAACCGCCGCUCUCUUCACCGUUACGAUGAUGAUGGCAACGACGGCGAUGUAGAUGUGUUCGGGGAUGAUGAUUCGGACGGAGAGGAGGAAGAUGAGAUAGGGGACUACGGUAUAGACAACAAGACUCUUGCUAAGUACCUGGAUGGAACUCAUUGCUUCGAUGAGAUAUGCACGGAGCUUGAGGUAACCGAUAAAGAGCUCACGGCUAGGUUGAAGCGAUAUCCGCGAGAGGUUGUUAUCAUCCACUCAUAG